AGGCUUGAGAUUCUUCCGAGCAGGGGCUCUGCUUCCCAAGAGGCAGUGUCAAGUGGGAUAUUUCUGGUAAAUCUGAACGCAAAGCGGGGUGCCAGCCCCUGGGGGACUGUGGGUGGGACUUGGGGGAGUUUAGGUGCCAUCCCCCAAGUGACAGAUGGAUGGACGGCUCAUGUGAGAGAAAGGAGGAGACACGUGGGCAGAUCGGGCUGGAGCGUAAGAGAGCCUGCAGAGCAGUCAACAGGCAGAAGGCAGAGGAACCGAAAGGAAGAUCGGACAAGCAAGAAGAGAACAGCCUGUGACACACUGGCCACUUGACCAGCUACUCACCCAAACCGGAAGCAAAAAUGUCCCUGAAGUUGCCAAGGAACUGGGAUUUCAAUUUAAAAGUGGAGGCUUCGAAAAUAGGUGAACCCCUGGAUCACUCACUGUAGAACACACCCUUUACUCCUGGCUGAAAACACAGACUCUCAGAGUCCACCCUGACUGUGAAGUCAGACUCUCAAGUGGGGACCCAGGAUCCUGACUUUUAGUGAGCAUCUCUGUCUGCUCGGUCGAGGAGCGUGAUGACAGGGGAGCAGAUGGCGGCCUUUCACCCACCCACCACUCCCAACCCCCUGGAAAGGCCGAUCAAGAUGGGCUGGCUGAAGAAGCAGAGGUCCAUCGUGAAAAACUGGCAGCAGCGGUACUUCGUGUUGAGAGCUCAGCUACUCUACUACUACAAGGAUGAAGAGGACUCAAAGCCACAGGGCUACAUGUAUCUGCCAGGCAGUACAGUCAAAGAAAUUGCCACAAACCCCGAAGAAGCUGGGAAAUUUGUCUUUGAAGUUAUUCCAGCCUCAAGUGACCAGAACCGCACUGGACAAGACUCGUAUGUCCUCAUGGCCAGCUCGCAGGUAGAGAUGGAGGAGUGGGUUAAGUUCCUCAGGAGAGUUGCAGGCACGCCCUCUGGAGCGGUGUUUGGCCAGCGUCUAGAUGAGACUGUGGCCUACGAGCAGAAGUUUGGCCCUCACCUGGUGCCCAUCCUGGUGGAGAAGUGCUCUGAGUUCAUCCUGGAGCAUGGAGUGAGUGAAGAGGGCAUCUUCCGCCUGCCCGGGCAGGACAACCUAGUGAAGCAGUUGAGAGAUGCUUUCGAUGCAGGGGAGCGGCCCUCCUUUGACAGGGACACAGAUGUGCACACAGUGGCCUCGCUAUUAAAGCUCUACCUCCGAGACCUGCCGGAGCCGGUGGUUCCUUGGAGUCAGUACGAAGGGUUCCUGCUCUGUGGGCAGCUCAUGAAUGCUGACGAGGCAAAGGCUCAGCAGGAGUUGGUGAAGCAGCUUUCUAUCCUUCCCCGUGACAACUACAACCUCCUGAGCUACAUCUGCAGAUUUCUGCAUGAAAUCCAGCUAAACUGUGCUGUCAACAAGAUGAGCGUGGACAACCUGGCCACCGUGAUUGGAGUGAACCUCAUCAGGUCGAAGGUUGAAGACCCUGCUGUGAUCAUGAGAGGGACUCCUCAGAUCCAAAGAGUGAUGACCAUGAUGAUCAGAGACCACGAAGUCCUCUUUCCCAAGUCUAAGGAUGCACCGCUCUCACCCCCUGCCCAGAAAAAUGAUGCCAAGAAGGCUCCAGUGCCCAGAAGCUCUGUGGGAUGGGAUGCCACCGAAGACCCGCCCCUUUCCAGGACUGACAGCUUCAGUAACACAGCAAGUAGUCCUGAUGCCACCAGCCCCACUGGACCACAGCCAGGUGACCAGCAUCAGGAAGACAGUGGAAAAGCCCCCAGGGAAAACCCAGGAGAGUGGAAGAUGCAAUCCCGUAAAAGGACUCAAACGCUCCCCAACCGGAAGUGUUUCCUGACAUCCGCAUUCCAAGGCACCACUAGCAGCAAACUGGAAAUCUUUAAAAAUGAGUUCUGGUCUCCAUCUUCAGAGGCUAAGGCGGGAGAAGGGCACAGGAGAACUAUGUCUCAAGACUUGCGCCACCUUCCCAAUGACCAGCGGACUUCUACCUAUGAUAAUGUCCCCACCCCACCAAAGUCCCAAGGGAACCCAGCAGGUUCACUCUCUCCCCCUGCCAGUGACUCCAAGAGAGACACUCUUGUCAGCAUAGACUCUGAAGUGGAGUCUGGGAGCAAGAACUCUGGCGAGGAUGACCUUGAUUCUUUGCAGAGGAUGGUCCGGCACCUACAGAAGGAAAUAGAAACCCAGAAGCAGGUGUAUGAAGAACAAAUUAAAAAUCUGGAGAAGGAAAAUUACGAUGUUUGGGCUAAGGUGGUGAGGCUCAAUGAAGAACUGGAGAGGGAGAGGAAGAAAUUCGCGGCCCUGGAAAUCAGCCUUCGAAAUGUGGAGCGCUCCCGGGAGGACGUUGAGAAGAGGAACAGAGUCUUGGAAGAAGAAGUCAAGGAGUUUGUGAAAUCAAUGGAGAAGCCCAAGACAAAGACUGAUGCUUGAGGGUCUAAGUCAUGUGGCAGGGACCGUCAACUCCACUCCAUUUCUUCAUGCUCCUAAUGAGAGGGAGGCAGGAUCACCUCCUAGGAUGGACAGGGUAUCUGAGGGGAUGUGCCACAACCCUCUGCAAAUACACGGAAGAUGAGAGUGAGCAGGAACUCACCAGGACACUUGCCACCGUGUGCUGUACUCUGAGGAUUGUGGUAUUCCACUGUGGGAAGAGUGAACUGGAACCUUCCAGUGCAUGACCAGGUCCAAAGGAGACAUUUAAGGUGUGUGACAUCUCAGGACCCCAGGCCAGAGCUUCAGUUCUUUGCUGUCUAUGUGGCUGACUUGCCUGAUCAGAUGGCUCUGGUCAGCUCUGAAACAUGGGCAGAAAAUGUUACUUUGCUCUCCAGUGCUAACCAGCUGAAGGCUGCUUGGAGAGGCGGGACUGCUGCAACCAGAAUCAAACAAUAUUUAUGAAAGCAAAAUGGGGGAGAAAAUUAUAUUCAAAUAAAGAAAACAGAAAAUUAAAAUGGAGGAAGGAUAUUGACGAUCUAUGAAACACUUUUUACUAGCGUUAGUAAGCAGGGCUUUGGAGAGUUGGCUCAGUGGCUGAGAGCUCUGGCUGCUCUUUCGGAGGACCCAGCAUCCUUACGGUGGCUAACAACCAUCUGGAGCUCCAGUUCCAGGAGACCUGACACCCUCUGAGGGCACCAUAUAUACAUAUGGUGCACAUACACAUAUGCAAGCAAACACCCAUACUCAUCAAAUAAAUACAUACAUGCAUAACAACAGCAAAAAAAAAAAAAGAAUUAGUAAAAGGCACCUCUUGCUUGAAGCAGGUGAAUCUUUCUCACGGCACAAGGCUAUGUGACCAGGGUUUUAGGUUCCAUCCUGAGUUACCCUCCAGGGGAUGAAACUUGUCUGGAGAGCCUAUGAGCUAAGGUUUUCAAGUAUGAAAUGACUUUAGGAGUGCGGAUUUGUAUGAUGAAGAGUCAAGAUUAUUAAUCAUUAUUGUCAUUGUUGUUAUUGUUAUUUUACUUCAACAAAAUGAAAAUGAGGUUAUUUACUUUUUAGAGGGGGAUCUGGCAUUAUUAUCUGUUUUCUCAACUAUGGCUAAUGCCACCUGCCUUUUGUUGUGUUAAUUAUAAAAAAAAGAACAAUCUACGA